AUGGCGUCGCCCCCGAAAGAUCUAGCGCCGGACGUGCCAACAACCACAGUCACCCCCGACACCACGGUUACAGAAAGCGGAGCGGGCGCCGCUGCCGCCAAGCCGGAGACUAAUACGACGUUGGGCGGUGAUGGUGCUGGGACGACGACGAGGAGGGCAGCUACCUUUAGUGUCUCACCAUCACAGUCACAGCAGCAGUCUGGAACAAACGGUGGCAGUGGUAGUGGUGGUGGUUCUGUCAAGUCGGCGGCGGCCAACAGGAACUCAACAGCCGACAUUGACACGACCAACCCCCUCGACUUUUCCGAAGACGUCUCGGCGGACAACUCCCUUCCUACGCUGGCGACGCUGAAGAAGAUUGACAACUACAUUGUGCUGGACCGCAAUGGAAAGUCGCACACGUUUCGGUCGCUGUACACGGGGCGGCAUGUGGCGAGGAGGGUGUUGCUUGUGUUUGUUAGGCAUUUUUACUGUGGUAACUGUCAAGAUUACCUCCGGACCUUGUCGUCUGCGUUUUCGCCGUCGGAUUUGCUGGGUUUGCCCAUCCCGACGUUUAUCGUUGUGAUUGGGUGUGGCGAUCCGGGCUUGAUCGAUAUGUACACCUCUGAGACUGGGUGUCCUUUUCCUGUUUACACGGAUCCCACGCGGAAAUUGUAUGCGGAGCUGGGCAUGAUUCGGACGUUGGCUUUGGGGGAGAGGCCAGCGUAUACAAAGACUCAUCUGGUCAGGUCGAGUUUGGCGAGUGUGGUUCAGGGUCUGAAGCAGAUACCCAAGGGGCUGGCGCACAAGGGGGGCGAUUCGAGGCAGAUAGGAGGCGAGUUCUUGUUUGAGCCGGUUGGUGGGGAGGAUGUGGCUAGUCCGAUCAAGGAGUUGGGGGAGUGGGUGAGGGGAGAGAGGGCUGGGAAUGGGGAUGGGGAGAGUGUGAAGAUGGGGGUUAGGCAUAGGGCGAGUGAGACGCCGAGUAUUGAUGGGAAGAACAUGGAGUUGGGAGGGGAUGGGAGUGAGGGGGUGGAUAAGAUUGUUAGUUGGUGUCAUAGGAUGAGGAAUACGAGGGAUCAUGCCGAGGUGCCGGAGUUGAUGGAGGUGUUUGGGAUGGCGGUGGGGGAGAUGGAGAAGAUACCCGGGGAUGUGAAGGGGUUGGAGAGGGAGAGGUGGGAGAGGGCGAUUAGGGAGAGGAAGGGAGUAGGUUUGGGGGGGAAGGGGAGGGGGAGUUUAGAGAGAUGA